CACCACACCAACCACAUCCACAUCCACAUCCACACCCCCAACUCAACAAAGACACCUCCCACUCUCCCUCUCCCUCUCCCUCUCCCUCUCCCUCCAGGUACAAAGAAAACACCAUGCCUGAGGCUCCAAAGAGCACAACAUUUAAUAGAGGGCAACAGGAGUACAGUCUCGCGGAGAAGAACAAGAAGGCACUUCAGUUCAUAGAGGAUGUGACGGCAAACGCCGACCAAGUCCAGAAGCGAGUUCUGGCUGAAAUCUUAACCCGUAAUGCCCAUGCCGACUACUUGCAGCGCCACGGCCUCAGUGGCCACACCGACCGCGACACCUUCAAAAAGACCAUGCCCGUCAUUACCUACGACGACUUACAGCCCGACGUCACCCGCAUCGCCAAUGGCGACACCUCCCCCAUCCUCUGCUCCCAUCCCAUUUCCGAGUUCCUCACAAGCUCGGGGACAUCGGGCGGGGAAAGAAAGCUUAUGCCAACCAUAGAAGAGGAGCUGGACAGGAGGUCAUUGAUUUACAGCCUUCUAAUGCCGGUGAUGAACCAGUUUGUGCCUGGUUUGGACGAGGGCAAAGGAAUGUACUUCUUGUUCAUAAAAUCGGAAGCUAAGACUCCGGGAGGGCUGGUGGCGCGCCCCGUCCUCACCAGCUACUACAAAAGCUCCCACUUCAGGGAGAGGCCUUAUGACCCGUACACCAACUACACCAGCCCGAACGAGACCAUUCUCUGCCCCGACUCCUACCAGAGCAUGUACUCCCAAAUGCUCUGCGGCCUCUGCCAGCACAAGGACGUCCUCCGGGUGGGCGCCGUCUUCGCCUCCGGCUUCAUCCGCGCCAUUCGGUUCCUCGAAAAGCACUGGUCCCUCCUCUGCCACGACAUCCGGACCGGCACCCUCAACCCCCAAAUCACUGACCCAGCGGUUCGGGACGCCGUCGCGGAGAUCCUGAAACCGGAUCCGAAGCUGGCUGGAUUCGUGGAGGGGGAAUGCAGUAAGGAUUCGUGGCAGGGGAUCAUAACCAGGCUGUGGCCUAACACCAAGUAUGUGGAUGUAAUUGUGACGGGGACAAUGUCACAGUACAUUCCCACUCUGGAUUACUACAGCAAUGGUCUGCCCUUGGUGUGCACCAUGUACGCUUCUUCCGAAUGCUACUUUGGGCUUAAUCUCAAUCCCCUUUGCAAGCCCAGCGACGUCUCCUACACCCUCAUCCCCACCAUGGCCUACUUCGAAUUCUUGCCCGUUCACCGAAACAAUGCCCUCUCCAACACCCCCAUCUCCGUCCCCAAAUCCCUCAACGAGAAGGAGCAGCAAGACUUGGUCGACCUCGCCGAUGUCAAGCUCGGCCACGAGUACGAGUUGGUCGUCACCACCUUCGCCGGGCUGUACCGGUACCGAGUUGGCGACGUGCUGAGAGUGGCGGGAUUCAAGAACAAGGCCCCCCAAUUCAACUUCAUAUGCAGGAAAAACGUGGUGCUGAGCAUAGACUCGGACAAGACAGACGAAGUGGAGCUGCAGAGCGCGGUGAAGAACGCGGUGAACCACCUGGUCCCGUUCGACGCCAUGGUGGCGGAGUACACGAGCUACGCCGACACGAUGACGAUCCCGGGGCACUACGUGCUGUACUGGGAGCUGAGCGUGAAGGGGUCAACCCCAAUUCCACCGUCGGUGUUCGAGGAUUGCUGCCUAACCAUGGAAGAAUCGCUGAACAGCGUGUACCGGCAGGGGCGGGCGUCGGACAAGUCCAUUGGAGCUCUAGAGAUAAAGAUAGUGGAAAGCGGAACGUUUGACAAGCUGAUGGACUAUGCAAUUAGCAUGGGCGCUUCCAUUAACCAGUACAAGACGCCACGCUGCGUCAAGUUUGCGCCAAUUGUGGAGCUCUUGAACUCCAAGGUCGUGUCCAAAUACUUCAGUCCAAAGUGCCCCAAAUGGGUUCCAGGCCACAAGCAAUGGUGCAACAAGAACUGAUCACCAACUCAUCAUCAUCAUCAUCUUCCAUGGAAUCGGGAAAAAAAAAAUUUUAAAUUAAUUAUUAUUAAUUAAUAUGUGCACCUUAGAGGAACUGUACCUGAUCUAGUGAUUUCCCCUCUUCUCUCUGUGUCUUCAUCAUCUUUCUCUCCGUAAUUAAGAACUGUUUUUGUAAUCAUAAUUUGGAGAGAAGAUGAAAAUUACCCAUUUAGGUUAAUUAACCUUUCUUCUUCUUCUU